CUGUGCUUCAUGAAACCAGCAGAGUGUGAACACCCGUAAACUAUACAGCAGGUACCACCCUUAGAGAUGUCAAACGCACAAUACAGGCAAGAAGGGCAGUACCUGCACGAGGACAUGUCUGCAGAUCUCCCCGUGGAGGACCUCUCCUGUCCCGUGUGCUGUGAAAUCUUCAAGGAUCCCGUCCUUUUGCCAUGCAGCCACAGUUUCUGCAAGAGCUGCUUGGAGCGCUUUUGGGAAAGCGGCGUUUCUUGCAGCUGCCCCAUCUGCAGGAGGAGAGCAUCCAAAAAGAGCCCCCUCUCCAACCUGGCCCUUAAAAACCUGUGUGAAGCUUUUCUACACGGGAAAGGCCAGAGCAAUGCAUCUGGAUCCAACAGCUUGUGCUGGAGGCAUGGGGAAAAACUGAAGCUUUUCUGUUGGACUGAUCAGGAGCCCAUCUGCGUGGUGUGCCAAACCUCGAGAAUGCACAAAGGUCACGACUGCUCUCCCACAGAAGAGGCGGCCGCGGACUGCAAGGAUAAACUCUCUGCUGCCAUGAAAGCCCUGCAACAGAAGCUGGAGUUCAGUAAAGCAAGACGUUGCUCAGCCUUGACUUUAGAGCACAUUAGGAAUCAGGCCCAGCGACUUGAGAGACAAAUGAAGGAUGAGUUUCUCAAGCUUCACCAGUUUCUUUAUGAGGAGGAAGAGCUCAGAUUAUCAGCACUGAAGGAGGGAGAAGAGAGGAGGGUCGAGGCAUUGAAGAACACGGACAAUGAUAUUUCAAGAAGAAUCUCAUCUCUUACAGACAUGAUCAGAACUAUGGAGCAAAACAUACAUGCUGAAGAGUUCACAUUGUUGCAGAACUUCAAAGCCACCAUACAGGGAACAUGGAGUACAAUGCAGGAUCCAGAAGGCAUGUCUGGAUCUUUGCUGGAUGAGUCCAAGUUUGUUGGGAACUUAAAAUAUAAUGUCUGGGAGAAGAUGCAAACAGUUGCACCUUACAGUCCUGUUAUUCUGGACCCAAACACAGCGCACCCGUGUCUGACGCUCUCUGAUGAUCUCACCAGUCUCCAGUACAGCACCCCUAUCCAAGGUCUCCCCAAUAACCCUGAACGUUUCCACAUCAGUGCAGAGGUGCUGGGCUCCAGUGCCUUCACCUCAGAGAACCACGGCUGGGAGAUUGAGGUUGGGGAAAAUGAGGACUGGAUCCUGGGACUGGCCAGUGAGCGUGUGAAGAGAGACAAAGAAGUGUCUGCAAGACCAGAGAAUGGCUUCUGGACCAUCUGUCUACGUGAUGGGCAGUACAGGGCUAUGACAUCACCCCCGACGGCUCUCACACUGGAGAAUAAACUGCAGAGGGUCCGAGUCCAGCUGAACCGAGACAGAGGGGAAGUUAUCUUCUCCAACCCAGCUCAUGAAGAGAUUCUAUACACUUUCAAGCACGCUUUUAUAGAAAAACUCCUACCGUACUUUUACACACAGAGUAAACAUCCUUUAAGAAUCUUAGCUAAGCCUGUGUUGGUAUCUGUUACUGAGGAAGCUUUGCAUGCAUAA